CAGUCCCUCGCUGGUAACAGUACUUCAACAAAAGAUAUCCUAGGGUCUGAUGCCCUAACAAUGGCGGACAGUCCAUCACCGCUGCCACCAUAUAAUAGCGUAUGGACUAAACGAGCAGCCGUCGCAGAUGAGUGGUUACGCCAACACAAAGUUGUUGUUUCGGCAACGUCAGCCUCUGUCAUUUCGACCUUUGCAGGCUUCCCUCUCGAUUCUCUCAAGUCGCGACUGCAGUCAUCACGCGAGAAGGUAUCUAUACCUAGACUAGCAACCGAAGUCGUUAGAGAAGAAGGUAUCGGAGGACUGUGGAGAGGGUUCCCUUUACCACUUAUAACGAUAUCGAUUGUCCGAACAAUAUCUUUUACUAUUUACAGCUCAACCAAGCGUAUUCUUAAUUCUACACGUUUACCCAGCGGACCACCAAAAUCGGACCAUAAACUUACCGAUAAUGGCCGUUCCGGUAGCAAAGAUGGAAGCGACGAGAAGGGUCCAUGGAUAAACAUACAUUUAGGAUGGUUUUCGGGGGAUAAUGCGAAGGAUAUCGGGAUCACAAGUCUUUUAGCGGGAGCUGCUAGUGGGGCUGUAGUCUGUGUAGGAAGCGCGCCAUUUGAGCUUGUCAAGGUUCGAAGACAAUUAGAAUACCAGAUCUACCGUGAUUCCCAUCCCGAGCUCUUUCUCAAUCCAUCUGCAGCCACGGCUGGCUCCGGCUCCAAAGCAGCUGGUGUCCCGCGCACUCCUUCAUUCACUCCUCCAACGACACUUCAAGCGGUCAAACUCAUCGUUAAUUCCAAUGGCCUACGCGGCUUGUACACUGGUUGGAGGCUCCAUUUCGUUCGCGAUACGCUAGGAACAGCUCUAUACUUUGCAGAGUAUGAUGUUAUGCGCUAUUAUCUUGGCCGACAAAAGACAAAAACUAGAGAAGACGGAGGAGGAGGAUUUGGUCAUGAUGUGCAGGGAGAUUUGCCAGAUUGGGCAAGAGCUUGGUUGCCGAGGCAGGCUAUACCGUUCUUGUGUGGAAGUGUGGCGGGAGUUUCGAGUUGGGCGCUGAUAUAUCCUGUUGAUGCGAUAAAAACUAAGGCUCAACAGAGAGCUUUGUCAGGAUUAACGCCGCGCACACCUACUGAACAAUUUCACCGCUUAGUACGAGGAACGGGCAAGGAUAGCCCAAAGCCAUUAUUAUCUGGUAUCGCCCGAUUGUACCGAGGACUUGGGAUCUCAAUGAUCCGUUCAAUGCUCACCCACGGACUGUUAUGGACGCUUGUGGAUGCUGUAGGCUCCUACAUUGAGACAAAACCUUGCGAAAGGUACUUUGGAGUCGACAUUCCUUUAUAGAGGCAUCACACUUAUUUUAGCAACCGAAGAAAAAGGCACAACUAACACGUGCUUUUUUCUUAUGUGGGUUAGAUGCAUUAGCAGCAUCCGACAGACAAGGCGAGCCUAGGGCCAGUACAGUAUAGACAGAAGAAGAAGACGUGGAUGGACACUGUCCCAAUGACGGCGAGCUCUUCUGGAUAGUCAAACCAUUAAUCAACUGUAGCAAUAU